UUGUCUUCGUCACUAGUAGUCAUUAAGCUUUUGGUCACAAGACCAACUCAAAUAUGACGUCAUUCGAUAGUUUCCGUAAAAGUGAUUUUGAAAAAAUGAAAUAUAACAAUGAUAGUGUUCCAGAAAAGUUCAUUCUUAGUAAACGGAUAGGAACCGACCCGAAUUACAAACAUGAAAUAGUGUGGAAGAAUGCUAUUGGAUUUUUGGUGUUGCACCUGUUGGCUAUAUGGGGGUUUUUAAUAAUUUUAACGGGAGGUAUCACCUUUAAAACAUUUUUGUGGAUUCUGUUAACGGCAUUCUUUUCAUCGGAAGGUGUGACGAUUGGUGCUCACAGACUUUUCGCUCACAAUACAUUUACAGCAACUCCUGUUUUAAAGUUUUUUCUUAUAGUGGGUCAGACAAUGGCUGGACAGAACUCUGUCUUCAUUUGGUCUCGCGACCACCGUCUUCAUCACCGCUACGCAGACACUGAUGGUGACCCUCACAACUCAAAGAGGGGGUUUUUCUUCUGUCAUAUGGGGUGGUUAAUGAUGAAGAAACAUCCAUACGUCCUCGGCUUGGGAAAGAGAAUAGACAUGAGCGACUUGCAAGCUGACUGGAUGGUUAUGUUACAGAAAAAGUACUACUACUACUUAUACUUUGUAUUCGCCGUAUUCAUUCCCGUGUUCGUGCCAUGCUAUUAUUUCGGGGAGACGUUGAGGACCAGUUUACUGACUUGUUACCUCUUCCGGUAUGUGGCUCAAUUGAAUGGCACAUGGCUCGUUAACAGUGCUGCACAUCUUUAUGGCACGAGACCCUAUGACAAAAAACUGCAGCCAGUAGAGUCUUGGUUUGUCUCGUUUAUCAGCCUUGGCGAAGGAUGGCAUAACUACCAUCACGCUUUCCCAUGGGACUACAAAGCUGCUGAGCUCAGCAUGCAUUUCAACCAGUCAGCAAGCUUUAUUAGGUUCUUCGAAAAAGUUGGGCUUGCUUCAGAUCUCAAAUCUGCUUCACCGGAAAUGGUAAAAAGAAGAGCUAUGAAAACAGGUGAUGGAACACAUUACGAACUGGGCAAUGAUAAAGAUCGGAAUGCAGUAACAGCUGUAGGAUUUUUGCAUCCUCUGAAUCCGUCAUACAAUGUAGUAUACUCAGCACCUGACGCCGUGCUAGAAGAUAAAGGACUACCUUUGUACCAUGAGAAUGAUGUAUUUGAUCCAAACGUAGUAAAAAGGAAAACUGGCGCUGCAUAAAUAGCUAGGCCUGUAGCCAUGUGGCACGCCGAUUCUCUUUCUACAAACGCUUACGCUUCGAAAACUACUAAAAAAAUCAUGGGAAUGACAUUCACUAUCGACAGGUCGCGUGAUCAAGUUCUCUUUUUUUUAUUCUCUACAAUUUAGCCCUAGACUACAAUCUCACUUGAUGGUAAGUGAUGAUGCAAUCUAUGAUGGAAACGGCUAACUUGUUAGGAGCAAGAUGAAAAGCCAUACCCCUUUCUGUUUCUACAAGACAUCGUACCGGAACGCUAAAUCGCUUAGCGGUGCGUCUUAGCCGGUAGGGUGGUAACUAGCCACGGCCGAAGUCUCCCACUAGCCAGACCUGAACCAAUUAAGAAAACCUCAAACAGCCCAGCCGGGGAUCGAGUCCUGGACCAUGGUUAUCCACUUAAUCAUGGUUAAAUCCACUCGCAUGCUACUGCGCCACGGAGGUCGUCAAAAUGUCGAUUAGAUCUGUCAUUCCCAUACAUUUAGUUUUUAGAGCGUUAGCGUUUGUAGAAUCGACGUUCCACAUGGCUAAGGCCUGAUGGCUUAAGGACUUUAGUUGCAUGUAUAUAUUGAAUGUAUGUAAGAAUGUGAUGAUUAAAAUGUGAAUGAGAGAUUAAUUUCGAUGUCUAAUGUAUUUUGGGAAAUGAACAACAUGAUCUAUUUAUAAGUAAUUAGUGAUUGCAGACAAUAAAAGAGAAAACCGUGAUAGCUAAGUGGAUAUAACCUCUGUCUUCGAUUCGAAGGGUGUUGGUUCGAAUUUUCAUUUUCGGUUCAGUUGUGUGCAUUUUAAGUAAUUAAAUUUCACUAGUCUCAAACGGUGAAGGAAAACAUCGUUUUCACAACAAAAAUUUUCUAAAUUCUCUACGUGUGUGAAGUCUGCCACAUUGAAUCAGCAUGGUGGAUUAUUGUCCUAACCUCUCUC